CUUCAUUUAAUUUAAAUGCGACUUAGAAGCACAUCGUAGAUUACUCUUUCUCCGACUUGGCCUCGGAUGGCCGGAUACAUAUAGGUAGCGGCGGCCUCCAGUAUGCUCCAUGCUUUCGCUUUCAACCAUGAGCCAACAACACUCAACAUCUGACAAGGUGUCCGAAGAGAAGCACAAGGUCAAAGGUCCUACGUCAAUGCUCGAAGAGAGUGGGGUUGCGACAGCCAUAGACGAUGACAGUGAGCUGCUUCUCCCCGGAAUACGACAAAGAGCAGAGAAGACGCUUCUUCGCAAGCUCGAUACUCGGCUCCUACCCACUAUCGUACUGGUCUUUAUCCUCAAUUACAUCGAUCGGACAGCCAUUUCGUCAGCUCGUCUGUAUGGAAUAGAGCACGACCUACAUAUUACAGACAUUCAGUAUGAGACGGUGCUGGCCGUUCUCUAUGCGUCCUACGUCCCUGCGCAAAUCCCAUCGAACAUGAUCUUAAACCGGAUAUCACGGCCGUCAUACUAUAUUCCCGCCUGUGUCUGCAUCUGGGGCAUGACCAGUGCCUUGACUGGGGUGACGAAGAAUUAUGCAGGCAUUCUAGCCGCCCGUAUAUUCAUCGGCCUACCCGAGUCUGCGUUCUACCCAGGAGCAAUUUACCUGCUCUCUCGCUGGUACACGCGCAAGGCAUGUAUUCUGGACCUAAAAGAACUGGCCCUCCGAUCUGCCCUUCUCUACUGUGGUCUGCUGAUCUCAAACGCCUUUGGAAGCCUGAUUGCUGCCGGCAUCCUCGCGAACAUGGAAGGCAAGUUGGGUAUCAGAGCCUGGAGGUGGCUGUUUUAUAUUGAGGGUGCCAUAACCGUUCUCAUCGGCCUGCUCGCAAUUUGGACUCUGCCUGAUUAUCCACAUAAUACUCGAUGGUUAUCAAAAGCCGAACGAAGACUCGCUCAAGUUCGUCUUGCCGAGGACACUGGAGAAGCCGAUGAGGAUUCCGUCCACGACACUGCUUUGACAGGUUUAAAACAGGCAUUGCAGGAUCCGAAGGUUUAUGUCUUUGCGGUUAUGACGUGCUCGCUACUUCUAGGCUCGAGUUUCGUUAACUUCUUCCCGACACUGACCGCAACCCUGGGAUUUUCGACGACCGUCAGCCUACUCCUUGCUGCACCGCCGUGGAUCUUUGCCACGAUUCUCUGCUGCGCAAACGCAUGGCAUGCAGACCGCAGCGGCGAGCGAUUCUUUCACGUGUCGGGACCGUGGUGGAGCGUUAUGAUCGGUUACAUUAUCGCCUUGUCCACGAUGUCUGUCGGCGGCCGAUAUUUCGCCAUGUUCCUGAUGACUGGCGGAUAUGCAGGUUGGUUGCUCAUCACUCCCGUCACUCUGCUAAAAGGCUAUAUUCGCUUUUCAGGCUUCGCUCUGACGUUGGUAUGGACUGCUAACGUCGUCCCGAGACCGCCUGCCAAGCGUACGGCCGCAAUAGCUAUCGUCAACGGGAUCGGCAAUCUGGGCACCCUCAUUGGGUCAUAUGUGUGGAAGGCCGAGUGGGGCCCCAAUUAUCACCCCUCGAUGAUCAUCGGUCUGGCGUCUCUUGCUUUCAGUUCCGUCCUCGCGGUCGCAAUGCGCUGUAUGUUAGUGUCGCAGAACAAGAAGCUCGACAAGAGCGGAAUCGAAGACUUGACUGAUGCUGAGCGGGACCGGAUCGAAGAGGCGGCGAGGUUGGAGGGCCUGACUGUGGAAGAGGCUAUGGAAAGGAAGAAAGGCUUCCGGUUUCUGUACUGACCGCGUGUUGUUGUGCAUUGUGUAUCAUAGUAUACAAAUAUAUGAGUAGGAUCAUG